AUGCUUCUCAAAACAUUAGUCUUUCUUUCGCACCUUCAAGUUCUAUUGAUUCUGUCAUUCGCAGCUUCUUCUUUUGCUCUAAUACCCUCCUCAAAUGUGACUGAUGAAGAAGCUCUUUUUGCUAUCAAUUCUGCAAUAACAUAUGACCCCACCAACAGAACAAUGGGUGGUAACUGGAGUACUAGGGGAGCCAACUUUUGUGACUGGGUUGGGGUCACUUGUAGCAAACGUAGGCGGAGAGUCACGAAACUGAAUUUUUACAAAAUGGGACUUGAAGUUUUCAUGGUCACAUACCAUAUGAGCUCGGUCGUUUGCGACGGCUCAAAAUACUUUGUAUUAGAAAUGAACCAAUUAGAAGGAUCGAUACCUCCGAGUUUACACAACUGCUUUAUGCUUGAAGAAGUUUCCCUAAUAGAAAACACGUUAAGUGGUGGCAUACCAGAGGAGUUGGGCACUUUAAAAAACCUUCACACACUCUAUCUAUAUCAAAACAAUCUUGCUGGUACCAUCUCAGUUUCCAUUGGAAAUAUGUCGGCGUUAGAGCACUUUGCGCUACAGCAGAACAGAUUUACAGGCCAAAUUCCGUCUACUAUACGCCAUUGCACAAGAUUAAGAGUGUUGGUUCUCUCCAACAACAAAUUGAAUGGAAGUAUACCAACAGAACUCGGGACUCUACAGAAGCUCGAGUUACUUCAUCUGACAGGAAAUGACUUGACUGGCACAAUUCCAACUUCUUUGGGAAACAUUUCGAGCCUGGAACAAUUUGCAUUGGAGGAAAACAACAUUCAUGGAGGUAUUCCUGAGGAGCUUGGGAAAUUGACAAGUUUAGAUUUCCUGAAUUUGGAGUACAAUCACCUCACUGGGCCCAUACCUCAUUCAAUCUUCAACAUUUCCUCUCUCAAAAUAAUUUCGAUUGUGAACAACAACAUCUCAGGAGAUCUUCCGCCUAAUACAGAGUUUUCGCUUCCGAAUCUUGAACAGGUGUAUUUCGGGGAGAAUCAAAUUGGUGGAAGCAUCCCUACUUAUUUAUCAAACUCAUCGAAACUGUUUCAUUUGGACCUAAGUAGCAACUUGUUCACUGGACCAAUACCGUCAAGUCUCGGAAAUUUAUCUCGUCUUGUCUUCCUCAAUAUGGAAUAUAAUAGACUGACCGGAGACGUUGGAUUUGGGGAGCUCAAGUUUCUUACUGCGCUAACAAAUUGUCGGUUCCUUCGAAAGCUGGGCAUGAGUAAUAAUCGUCUUGUUGGUGUCCUACCACAUUCCAUAGGCAAUUUUUCAGAUUCCAUGCAAAUGAUUGCUGCUUUCGGAAAUCAGAUAAAUGGUCCAAUUCCAGAAUCAAUCAGUGCAUUAAGAAACUUGAUAUCAUUGGAUUUAGGAGAUAAUAACCUCAAUGGAACUAUUCCAUCAACUAUUGGCGAUUUACGAAACUUACAAAGAUUGUUUCUCCUUAAGAAUCAGAUUGGAGGUUCUAUCCCCGAAGGAAUUUGUAAAAUAAAGCGUCUGGGAGAAUUAGGACUCCAAGAGAACAAGCUCACUGGACCUAUUCCACAUUGCAUUGGAUCACUAAAUCAUCUUCAAGAUCUAAAUCUCAGCAAUAAUUCAUUAACCUCAUCAAUUCCUGCAAGUUAUUGGACCCUUGAAAAUCUCAUUUACAUGGAUUUAUCAAAAAACUCCUUCAGGGGGAACCUAUCUCACGAAAUGAAAAUCUCGAGGGUUAUGCUAAAGUUGGAUAUUUCUCGGAAUCAUAUCACAGGUAAAAUCCCAGCUAUUCUCGGGGCUUUCGAAAGCUUAAGUUUGCUUGAUCUAUCAAAAAACUCAUUGCAUGAGAUUAUUCCUCAGUCACUUGGUGAUUUGAAAUCACUGGAGUUCUUGGAUCUCUCCUACAAUAAUCUCUCUGGUCUUAUUCCCAAGUCGCUCAAGGCACUAAAUAAUCUCAAACAUUUGAAUCUAUCUUUCAAUGACUUAUCAGGAGAGAUCCCAAGUGAAGGAACUUUUGCUAACUUUACAGCAAAAUCUUUUCUGGAAAAUAAGAAGCUUUGCGGGGAAGUAUUACAAAAACCUUGCUCUCAUCAAAAUUCCAACACCAAACAAAUCAUUCUUAAGUACAUUGUUCCCAUUGUUGGAGCUGUGCUAAUAUUUGUUUGUCUUUUUUGCAUAUUGAGAGCAUUCAAACACAAGAACAAAAGGAGUACUCCAAUUCUUGCGAAUUUGGUACAAAUACCUGAGUUCAAAAUGAUUACAUAUCAUGAACUUCGUCGCGCUACAAAUGACUUCUCUGAAGCCAAUCUGCUCGGAAUUGGGAGUCACGGCUCAGUCUAUAUGGGAACGAUUUCUGAUGGUACAGUUGUUGCUGUAAAGGUUCUGAAUCCAAAAGCAGAGGAUGCAUUCAAAAGUUUUGACGCAGAGUGCAAAGUCUUGCGAACAACUCGACAUAGGAAUCUUGUUAAGAUCAUCACUUCUUGCUCGAAUCUUGAGUUUAGAGCUUUGAUUAUGGAGUAUAUGUCAAAUGGAAGCCUUGAGAAGUGGUUAUACUCCGAAAACCACAACUUGAAUCUAUUUCAACGGAUCAACAUCAUGAUUGAUGUGGCAACAGCUUUAGAUUAUCUCCAUUAUGGUCAGUCAGAGCCAGUCGUACAUUGUGAUCUAAAGCCCGGCAAUAUCUUGCUAGAUGAAGACAUGGUUGCACAUGUUGGUGACUUUGGCAUUGCGAAAAUCCUGCCAAAAGCUGAAGAUGCAAUGCAUACCAGGACUUUAGGCACCAUUGGCUAUGUUGCACCAGAGUAUGGCUCCGAGGGACUUGUUUCUGUAAAGGGCGACAUGUACAGCUAUGGGAUAAUGAUGCUAGAAAUAGUUACUGGGAAGAAACCCACAGAUGAAAUGCUUAGCGGAGAAGUGAGCUUGAGACAAUGGGUUAGCGCAUCAUUUCCUAAUGCAUCACUGGAUGUUGUUGAUUGUGGUUUAAAGCCAAAUGGAAACACCACCACAGAUAUUGACUUGGUGCAUAGUCUUCUUUUUUCCCUCUUGGAAAUGGGUCUCGAGUGUUCAAGAGAAAUACCAGAGGAAAGGAUGAAUGUGAAGGACGUAGUUGCCAAGCUUACUCAGAUGAAGCUGAAGAUUCUACACAUCCAAAGAUAUCGUUCAGUGUUUCUUGCUUCAUGAAGGAUGCAGAGAUUUUAAGGAUGCAGAUAUUCAUCUCUCAUUCACAAUGAAAUUUCUUCCAUUUCCAGUUAUAUAUUAUUCACGUCCAUAUAUAUUAUAUUGCGAGUCUUGAAGCACCAGUUCCAAAUCAGUUUCUUUUACCAGCAAAGGCUGACUUCUUAUUGUGAGAAAAUAUAUAUGUAUAUACACACACACACACUCUCUCUAUUUAAAUGUUUUCUCAAUCAAACUGAAUAAAUAGAAUCAAUGGGAAGCUUCUCCA